GGGUGCCCAGCCUAUCGCGCGUGGACCGAGUUGUAGUGCAAAGAUGGCGACAGCGGGAAGCGGCGGAGGCCGCGUUUCUAGCGGACGGGAUCUGAACUGUGUCCCGGAGGUGGCGGACACCUUGAGCGCUGUGGCAAAGCAAGGAUUCGAUUUCCUGUGUAUGCCGAUUUUUCACCCACGCUUCAAAAGGGAAUUUCACAAAGAACCGGCCAGUUUACGACCGGGACCCCAGACCCGCUCGGACCUGCUGCUUUCAGGGCGUGACUGGAAUACGCUGAUUGUGGGUAAGCUGUCAGAAUGGAUAAAGCCAGACUCCGAGGUGUUGAGAAUCCGCAAAACCUCAGAAAUGGCUUUAAUGCAGGAGUUAAAUUUCUCUGCCUAUUUGGGGCUUCCAGCCUUCCUUAUCCCCAUUAAGCAAGAAGAGAAUAGCAACUUGGCUCGGCUCCUCCUCAACCAUAUUCACACGGGCCAUCAUUCCACCAUGUUCUGGAUGCGAGUGCCCCUUAUGGAUGCGAGUGACCUACGUGAUGACCUCAUUGAGAAUGAACCCUUAGUCAGGUCUGAGAAUAAUGAUAACGGGGAGGAGAAGACUUGGGUUUGGUGGCAUGAUUUCCGAACACUAUGCGAUUAUAACAAGAGAGUUGCUUUGGCUAUUGAGGUGGGUGCUGACCUUCCUUGUAGUCAAAUCAUCGACCGUUGGCUUGGGGAACCAAUUAAGGCAGCCAUCCUCCCAACCAGCAUCUUCCUAACAAACAAGAAAGGAUUCCCUGUAUUAUCCAAAAGCCACCAGCGUCUCAUCUUUCGUUUGUUCAAGCUGGAGGUACAGUUUGUCAUUUCAGGCUCCCAUCAUCAUUCAGAGAAGGAUUUCUCCUCGUACCUGCAGUAUCUAGAGUAUCUGAGCCAAAACAGGCCACCUCCAAAUGCAUAUGAGAUGUUUGCCAAGGGCUAUGAGGAUUACCUGCAGUCUCCUCUACAGCCUCUGAUGGAUAACUUGGAAUCUCAAACCUAUGAAGUUUUUGAGAAAGAUCCAGUGAAAUACUCUCAGUACCAGCAGGCUGUAUAUAAAUGUUUGCUGGACAGAGUGCCAGAAGAAGAGAAGGAAACAAACACACAGGUCUUAAUGGUUCUUGGGGCAGGUCGUGGUCCCCUGGUGAAUGCAUCCCUCAGAGCUGCCAAGCAAGCAGAGCGCAAGAUUAAGGUGUAUGCUGUGGAGAAGAAUCCCAACGCUGUUAUAACGCUUGAGGGAUGGCGCUGUGAGGAAUGGGGCAGUCAGGUGACUGUGGUGUCAAGCGACAUGAGACAAUGGAAAGCUCCAGAGAAGGCCGAUAUCAUAGUCAGUGAACUUUUGGGAUCUUUUGGUGACAACGAGCUGUCCCCUGAAUGUUUGGAUGGAGCCCAGCACUUCCUUAAAGAGGAUGGUGUUAGUAUACCUGGUGAAUACACAUCUUAUUUGGCUCCAAUCUCGUCAUCUAAACUCUAUAAUGAAGUACGUGCAUGUAGAGAGAAGGAUAGGGACCCUGAGGCUCAGUUUGAAAUGCCGUACGUAGUUAGACUGCACAACUUCCACCAGCUGGCAGAACCACUGCCGUGUUUCACUUUUGUACACCCAAAUAAAGAUGCUGUCAUUGAUAAUAACCGUUACUGCUGUCUAGAAUACAAUGUGGAGCUGAAUACUGUCCUGCACGGAUUUGCAGGGUACUUCCAAACAGUGCUAUACAAAGAUGUCACUCUAAGUAUCUGUCCUGAAACCCAUUCGCCUGGCAUGUUCUCUUGGUUUCCUAUACUUUUCCCUAUCAAGCAACCUAUUCCUCUAAGAGAAGGUGACACGGUUUGCGUCCGGUUCUGGCGAUGUAACAACGGCAAAAAAGUCUGGUAUGAAUGGGCUGUAACCUCCCCCAUCUGCUCAGCUAUUCACAAUCCUACGGGACGUUCCUACACCAUUGGCCUGUAAUGUGCCACCAGCCUCCGUCAUAACACUUACUACCAGGGGGCCGAUUCCAAGGAUACAACUGACAGAAUAUUCACAGAAGCUACAGACCACACGGAGAGGCCUGUGACACACAUGUGAUAGUUAUUAGCACUUGCCUUGAUUCAAAGGAUCCUGCCAACGUACUGUAUCAUUUUUGUUGCUCGUAGCUCUUUUUAUCUAUGGCAAUAGAAGAUUAAAAUAAAUGUUUUUCAUGC